UCUCCCUCUCUCGCAAAUCAUCAAAAGCUUGCACGUACGAAAAAUGGCAAGCAACUCAAGUCAACCAAACUCAAGAACCAAACUGUACUCUUCAUCAUCGGCAAGGUUUUCCCUCACGUUUAUAUCCCUUCUCGUUACAAAUCUUUUGUAUCUCCAUGCUUUUGCUAUGGCCGAAUCCAAUCCCUCACCCUCUCACUUCUCAAGAUUCUCGAGACACCCAUUUCAUAAUGAUGCUUAUGAGCCUAAAUCCAAAUCACCCGUUGACGAGUCACCAAGAACCGGACAGAAAGCUCCGAACGGCAAGUACCCAAAACAAGAGUUCUACUCGUCGGUCGAAGAGAGCGUGAAACAGGCCCUAUGGGCACGUUCUCUUGCCCUAAAUCUCACCAUCUCUCGCCGUACGGCUCCGACCCACGUGGUCGAUCCCGCGAACGAUUGUCUCGAACUGCUCGACGAUACACUCGACAUGUUGUCUCGUAUCACUGCCGAGGGGAAUCGACAUAGCGACGAGGAUGACGUCCACACGUGGCUAAGCGCGGCGCUCACGAAUCAGGAGACUUGCAAGCAGAGCCUCCAAGAAAACUCCAAGGUCCACGACCACGACGCCACGAUGGAUUUUGUCGCGAGAAACCUCAGCAACCUACUGACCAACUCUCUCGAUCUGUUCGUGUCCUCGAAGUCAGAGGAUCCAUCGAGUUUGGUCGGAGGCGGUCGACGGAAACUGUUGUCGGAGAAUUUCCCGUCGUGGGUUUCUUCCUCGACACGGAAGCUUCUAGAAGCUCCGGUGACGGAGCUGAGGGUCCACGCGGUGGUGACCGCCGACGGGAGUGGGACCCACAUGAGCAUCGGAGAGGCGCUGGCGUCGGCGGCAGGGAGUGGGAGAAGCGUAAUUUACGUGAAGGCGGGGACAUAUGACGAGCACAUCAACAUCCCGACCAAGCAGAAGAACGUUAUGUUAGUUGGAGAUGGAAAGGGCAAAACGGUCAUCACAGGUAGCAGGAGUAACCGUGGUGGUUGGACUACGUACCAAACUGCCACUGUCGCGGCAAUGGGAGACGGGUUCAUAGCUCGGGACGUAACGAUAGUGAACAGCGCCGGUCCGAAGGCCGAGCAGGCGGUGGCGCUGCGGCUAGGCGGAGACAAAUCCGUGGUGUACCAUUGCUCGUUGGAGGGAUACCAAGACACACUCUACACCCACUCCAAACGCCAAUUCUACCGCGAGACCGAUAUCUAUGGAACCGUCGAUUUCAUAUUCGGAAACUCGGCGGCCGUCUUCCAAAGCUGUAACAUCAUGGCUCGGAGGUCCGGUCAGACCAACUUUGUCACGGCCCAGGGACGGAUAAACCCUAAUCAGAACACCGGAAUCUCCAUCCACAACUCCAAAGUUGGUGCCGCCGAGAAUCUAGGUGGGUCGAAAACGUACUUGGGUCGACCGUGGAGGCAGUACUCAAGGACGGUGAUCAUGCAAUCGUUCCUCGACGGGUCGAUCCACCCGGCAGGUUGGUCCCCAUGGUCCGGUAACUUCGCCCUCAAUACCUUAUUUUACGGCGAGUACGGGAAUUCGGGACCCGGGUCGUCGGUCUCGGGUCGGGUCAAGUGGCCCGGGUACCACCCGUCUCUCUCUCUCGCCCAGGCCCAAGGCUUCACCGUUUCGGCUCUCAUCGAUGGCAACAUGUGGCUGCCCUCCACCGGUGUCUCCUUCGACUCCGGCCUUGUCAAGUGAUUUAAUUAAAAUUAAUUAAAUCGAUUAUACUGAUUACAGUUUACUUUUUAAAGAUUUUAAAGCGUUGUGGUAAAUAACAAACAAAGUAAAUUGUGUGAUAUUGACUUUUCAAAGUGUUGUAUUGUAAACAAUCAAUAUGUAUAAUAAUCAUUUCGAAGUGAAUGAAUGGUAGUGUGUAUAUAUGUCACAUGUUCUUUA